UUUAGUACUCGAAACUAAAAACUAAAAUAACCACAUGAAUAAAUGCCACAAUAUUCAAUAAAAAUCAGCCAAUUACAUAAUAUUUAACUGACAAAUAUGGGAUAUAAAUAAAUAAAUAAGCCGAAUUCAGGCAACAUCUGGGCUGGGAGGUCGAGUGUUUGUGUAUGUCAAGCCUUUGUUGCCAGCCACCUCAGUGAAGGAAGGAAGGAAGGGGCAGUGUUACCAGUCAUCUCAGUGAAGGAAGGAAGGAAGCGACAGUGUCACCAGUCAUCUCGGUGAAGGAAGUGAAGAAAAGAGAGUGAAGGAAGGGAAUGAAGGAAAGGGAGAGAAGGGAGGGAUAUUGUUGUCAGCCAGCUCAGUGAAUGGAGUGAAGGAAGGGACUGAAGGAAAGGAAUGAAGGAAGGAAGGGAAUGUUGGGAGUGAAGGAAUGAAAUGAAGAAAGGGAGUGAAGAAAGAAAGAAAGAAAGGAAGGAAGGAAUGUUGCCAGCUAAGGGAGUGAAGGAAGGGACAGUGUUGCCAGUGAAGGAAAGGAGUGUUGCCAGCUAUUUCACUGAAGGAAAGGAAUGAAGGAAGAAAGGAAGGAAGCGACAGUGUUACCAGCCAACUAUCUCAGUGAAGGAAAGGAGUAAAGGAAGAAGAAAAAGUGAAGGAAGGAAAGAAGGAAAGAAGUAAAAAGGAGUGAAAGAAAGAAAGAAAGAAGUAAAGAAAAGGAAGUGAAGGAAGGGAGACGAAGGAAGUGAAGGGACAGUGUUACCAACCACCUCAGCUAAGGAAGGGAGAGGAGGGGGUUGAAGGGACAGUGUUGCCAGGAUGGGUGAGCGUGUCAUGUACCGGGAGAGGAAGGGCCCGUCAGGUCAGCCCUUGGCCCACCUCUACCUCCCCUCCAUUGCCACCUUCAGGAGUGUUGACCUCAGCGACGGAAAGGGCGGGGCAGAGGGGAUGCGGGCGCGGGUGGCUGGGUGGGCGCGGGAGGUGUUCCUGCCCCAAGGCUACCCCGAGUCUGUGUCACCCGAUUACCUGCACUACCAGUUCUGGGACUCCAUGCAGGCAUACUGCAGCAGCAUAGCGGGGGCCCUCAGUCUGCAGGCAACACUGGUGGGGCUAGGGGUGGGGGAGGGGACAGCCACCCCCCUUGCCGCCACCCUCUCCUGGCUUCUCAAGGACGGGUCUGGGAUGGUCGCCUCUAUCUUCUUUGCCUACUGGAAGGGAACACAACUUGACUGUAACCUCAAGCAAUGGCGACUCUUUGCUGACGUGACGAAUGACUUAAACUCCAUGGUGCGUCUGGUGGGCCCUGCGCUGCCCGUCCCAUUCCUGGCCGUGCUCUGCCUCUCGGGGGUGCUUGGGGCCCUGGUGGGGGUGGCAGGGGGAUCCACGCGGGCUGCCCUGGCGGUGCAUCAGGCCAGGUGCGACAACAUGGCCGACGUCUCUGCUAAGGAUGGGAGCCAGGAGACCCUCGUUAACCUGGCUGCCCUCUUCACAAACCUCACACUGUUGCCAUUCUUCACCGCCACUCUCAGCACCACCUGGGUCACCUUCCUGAUCUGUGUGUGGCUGCACCUCCUGGCCAACUAUAAGGCAAUGCGCGCCCUCACCCUGGCCAGCCUCAACCGCCCUCGUCUCCUGCACCUCCUCUCCUCCUGGGCUGCCCCUGAUGCACCCCCCGUCACCUCCUUGCCCUCUCCUGCUGAAGCCAACCUUGCCGAGCCUCUCCUGUUUGGCCCAGCUUUUAUUGCAGAUUACUUUCCCCAUGGGUUCCGAGUGUCCAUGGGGUGUUCCCUGCACUGGGCCCUGGAGCAGUGUGGGGGUGACCCUGGGGAGCUGUUCAGGUUGGCCACAGGGGCAUUCAGGGGCCAGAAGUAUAUGCUGUGUGGCAAUCUGCAGCGGCGCCAGCUUCACAUAGUCUACCGCAGUGGCAUUACCACACAAGAGGAGCUAAAGGCGGUGGUCACGGCCUUCCUGUGUGUCUUAAACUACUGUCACGUGACUCAGGGAACACCACUUCCAGAAAGGUUAAUAGCUCCUGGCAUCACCACCACCACCACCACCAGCGAUUACGAGUUAAUUACAUGUGUAAGGAAGGUGGUGGUGAGAGAAUUCCCUCCCUUAUUGAAGAGUAUGGAGGAACUAGGAUGGAAAGUUGAUAAGUUGCAUUUCGGAGCAGAUGAAUGGAGAUUGAUGGAUGACUAAAGCACGCACACACACACACACACACACACACACACACACACACACACACACACACACACACACAC